AUGUCCGAGGCACGGAAGUGCACGCAGACGUUCAAACUGAACAAUGGCAGACAAAUGCCCGCCGUUGGUCUUGGUAGUUGGCAAGAUGACCAGAAAGCACUCGAAGAGUCUAUCAUCUUCGCUCUAAAGAACGGUUACCGCCUAAUUGACACGGCCAAUUAUUACGGAAUCGAAUCAGUCGUAGGCCGAGCUGUCAGAAAUAGUGGAGUGCCGCGAUCUGAAAUCACUAUUGUGACGAAGUUCUGGGGAAAUUACCACCACGACGUCGCCGCCGCGCUAGAAUUAUCUCUCAAAGAGCUUUCCCUGGACUACAUUGACGUCUUUCUCAUGCACUGGCCAUGGGCAAUGACUCCGAAAGGGGAGCCCCUGCGAAUACACGAGUCACCGACUUUCGUGGAAACUUGGAAGCAAAUGGAAAAGUUGGUAGGUGAUAAAUGCAAGGGAAUUGGGGUAUGUAACUUCACUCAGAAAACCCUGGGCGUAUUGCUUGAGCACGCCACUAUUGUCCCGGCCGUUAAUCAGGUCGAGCUUCAUGCUCUUAACCCUUGUCUAAAGUUGGUCCCGUACUGCCAAUCAAAGGGAAUACAUGUCAUGGGCUGGGGAACACUGGGAGGUGAUAGCAAAGCCGCCAAAGAACAUAUUCUCGAGGGCGAUAUCUUCACGAGCAUUGCUCGAAAGCAUGAUUGCUCGACGGGUACGGUCUCGUUGUCUUGGGCUGUACAGCGAGGCACGACGGUUAUCCCCAAGAGUAGUUCCAAGACGCGUGUUAUCGAGAACAUCAAACUUAUUAGUCUAGACGAUGAGGACAUGGUCAAGAUGAAUGAUGCGCAUACCCAGAUCGAACUACAUCGGAUCUGCAACAUUCAUCAUUUAUUGUGGAUCGAGCUAGAUAACAGACGUACUUUACAGGGGUGGACGGAGGUUGACUUCGGUUGGGAGGAUGAACGGGGGAACUGGUUGACAUAAAGCCCAAGAUUCCCAAGGUGAUAAAGCUUUACCAUACGUGUCUUUGUUGCAUGCUUU